UUCUGAUCUCUUUACAGCUUUUAUAAUGAAUACAAAUGGGCUGCACCAUCCUCUCUCUGAAUUAUUAACUAUUUUUUGCCCUUGAUAGGUUGACAUUACUCCUGCCUGAAAGGGAUUGUAUUAAUAUUUAAUCUUCAAUUUAUUUCUGCAUUCUAGGCAUGUCAUCGGGAGAGUCUUGCACAGGGGACACUUACCGUGGAUAGUGAACUUACUUACUUCUCUUAGGUGUAUGGAGAGUGCACGGAAAAGAAGAUUGUGCUUUUAAAGGUUAUAAAGACACUGAUCAACCGCCUCCUAUCUGAAAUUACUGAGCUACAGAUUUUGCUGCAGAAGGGCCCCUGGUGUUGCCACUAUUUAAAAAAACAACAAAUCAGCACCUGAGCCAGAUGAGAGAUGGUAGCGAUCCAAUGAGCAUGGCUUCUUUAUUGCAGACAGCAGCAAGCAGCAGAUGUUUUGAUGGAGCAAUUACUGAGCCGCUGGAUGAGAAGGGAAAGAAAUCUGCUUUACCAGUAAUCAAGAAAGAAGCUGGGAGGGGCGCAGUUUUAAAGAGCCGAAACCUCAGCAGGGUCACCGAGCGCUCCCCAGCACCUCGCUUAUCACAGAAGAGGAUGAAUAGCAAAGGUGAGCAGUUCUCUGUGGGAGAGAUAACACCGUGGGUCAGUCAGUCGCCUUCCGAGAGCUCCCUCAGUGCUUUUCUGAGUAGUAUCCCGUCCCUGAGGGCCUGCUCUGACAACAUCACUGACCCACCACAGAGAGAUUUGGGUGCCAAGAGCAACCUGCACACAGACGCCUCCAGCCCACAGACACCCAUUUCUGCACAGACCUCAGGAGAGAAAGAUGCCAGGAGACCUAAACAAAGACCCAGGACCAAUGUGAUCAAGAGACGCUUACAGAAUAAAAUCCACGGCACCAGGUUACCGCCUGUCCCCCCGGUGUCCGAGCUGAGCUUUAGCAGGAAUUUCAGCUUCUCCUUCUUUGAGCUUCCUCAGUACCAGAGUCCUCAGCACUGGCUCCAGCGCCAGAAAACAGUCUAUGUAGUGAUGAGGCAGCUGCACUGAAUGAAAUCAAAUCUCUAUUCGGGAAUGCUAUUGAAAUUAAAACAAUUAGGGCCAAG